AUGCCUUACAACACAACAGCUAUUCCGCCCAGAAAGGAGCCAACUGGGCAGACUCAGCUUCCUCUAUCGAGGGUCAAGAAGAUCAUCAGCCAAGAUCCGGAUGUAGCCAUGUGCUCCAACAACGCCGCCUUUGUCAUUACGUUGGCUGCAGAAAUGUUUAUUCAACACCUCGCGACCGAGGCUCAUACUCAAGCUAAACUAGACAGAAAGCCGCGCAAGAAUGUCCAGUACAAAGAUAUUGCCAGCGCAGUUUCGCACCAUGAUAGUCUCGAAUUCCUAGAAGACACUGUGCCAAAGACGGUGCCGUUCAAAAAGGCCUUGGCUGCGGCCAGCGCUACCCAAGCCCGCUUUCGCGGUGAAAAUGUCACCUCGGACGAAGGGCUACAGUCUACGCAAGAGCCUGCAAACAGCAGCAGCAGUGUUUUGGUCAAUGGCGAUAAAGGCCUCUUCAACGUGCCUUUGCGGACAGACGACAGAUACGACCCCAAUGACCAACUGGAGCUAGAAAUGAGACAGGCGGCGCAGUCAAGGGACCACGAUGUCAGCAUGGGAGGCCAGUAA